GCCAACAAGCAAGCAAGCAAGCUAGCCUUGUGUAUGAUAGCCGCCAACUCUUAGCUUGGUUUGCUCGUUUUCGUUUUCCAUCGCUUGCCGUCGCGCACUCGCCGAGGCAUCUGAAUCCGAGAGUAUCUGAAUUGCAAUCUAUGCCAUAUUUAACAGCAUCGCCUGAAUUGUACGCCUCGGUGGCAGUCAUAACCAAAACUUUGGCUCGGAAUUAAGCGAGAACUCGAACUCGAACUCGUCUGUAUUCGAACUGCAAAUCCACAAAUUGUUUGUUUCACCGACGGUGCUCAAAAAAAAAUUAAUUACCUUUUUAUGCACGCGCAAAUCUUUAAGCUAUAAUUACAUUUUCGCUCGCCCGUGCACACAUCCACACCCACACUCAUAUGCACACACGCACAUACACACGCAAACACACACACGUUCAGUGAAUGCAAGCAACUGCAAAGAAUUUAAAACAAAUUAAAGUGCAACAAACAAAUGAGAAAAACAAGUGCAAAUUAUCGAGAAAACAAAUUCAGUUAAGCCUCAAAACGUGCACCUAAAUUACUGCUGCAAAAAUAAUUGUAAACUAAAAGUUUGCUCUGAAAAUUGUUCGGAAAUCAUCAACAACGCCAUUAUAGUAUCAACAGUGGAUCCCAACGAUCCAAUCGAAUUUGUGCAAGUGCGCGAAGUUCUUUCUGUUCCUUCCUCAAGAUCUGUGCUGUGCCGUGCCUUUGAGUUUCAUUUGGAGUUUAAGUUUGAAACCAAAAUUUAAAUUAAAUGACAGUGCACAGUAAUGAAACCGGUGUCUGUUUAGUAAUGAAUGCCGUUUCAACUCGCCUAGCCGCUUCAUCGCCCACCACGCCCACCAAUACCAACGCCGCACAGACGCCGCACUCACAGCAGCCGCCACCGACGCUGCCGCCCACAUCGACAACACUGCCGCCGCUGCCAGCGCUAGCCGCUCCUCAGCCCACAUCUGGGCCCGGCGCCUCUACGGGUCCCACGCUUACGGCCGCAGUUGCCGCCGCUGCCGCUGGUCUGCCGGUUGGUCUUCCGCUUCCGGUGCCCGCGCAUAGCGGCAUGGCCGUGACCUCGACAGUUCCGCCGGGAGCGCGAUCCAGUUCGCCCUGCGCUGCAGCCGCCACGCCCUACGGCGCUGCCGCUGCCGGCAGUGGCGCAGCCACAGGUCCGCCUUCUUUGCCCUCGGUGGGCCCACCUGGCUUGGGGGUACCACCGCCCUCGGGUGGCAAUCCCAACAAUCGCUGCUGUGAUACUGGCCGCACUAUUUACACAGAUCCCGUUAGUGGACAAACGAUCUGCUCCUGCCAGUACGAUAUGCUCAGCUAUCAGCGCCUGGCAGCUGCGGGAGGCCUUGUGGCCGGACCUGGUGGUGUGCCCCUCAGCGUCUAUCCCGAGGGCAUGUCGGCCUACCUGUCCGGCAUUGCAGCCGACCAGCCGCCGUUCUACGGUAAUCCGGCUGGACUCGAUCUGAAAGAAAAUCUUGUAGCCGGAGCUGCGCCAUGGCCAUAUCCAAUGUAUCAUCCAUACGAUGCCGCCUUUGCCGGCUACCCCUUUAAUAGUUACGGCAUGGAUUUGAAUGGGGCCAGACGGAAGAACGCCACCCGCGAGACGACAUCCACACUCAAGGCCUGGCUAAACGAGCACAAGAAGAAUCCAUACCCCACAAAGGGCGAGAAAAUAAUGCUGGCCAUUAUCACGAAAAUGACGCUCACGCAGGUGUCGACCUGGUUUGCGAAUGCGAGAAGAAGACUGAAAAAGGAAAAUAAAAUGACAUGGGAGCCCAGAAAUCGAGUUGACGACGAUGAUGCCAAUAUUGACGACGACGACGAUAAAAAUACAGAGGACAACGACUUGCUAGAUGCUAAAGACUCUGGACUCGGUUCGAACGAGGACAAGGACCGCUCUGGGCGUCUAGGUGACAUGCUGACAGACCGGCCCGGAGAGAGCAACAACAGUGAGUGGUCUGAGUCACGACCAGGAUCGCCUAACGGCUCGCCCGAUCUUUAUGAUCGCCCUGGCGGUAUGCCUCCCGGUGCUCACCCACUGUUUCAUCCUGCGGCACUUCAUCAUCACUUUCGGCCGCCAGCGGGUUCUCCACCCGAUAUUGCAGCCUACCACCACCAUCAACAGCAGCUGCUGCAGCAGCACCAUCAGGCACAGCAGAACUCGUUGCAAACUCCUGUCGGUGCGACUGGAGCAAGCAUGACGGCAAAGCCACGCAUCUGGUCGUUGGCCGACAUGGCCUCAAAGGACGGUAAGGAGUCAGCACCCAAGGAAAACUCACCGGGAAGUGACUUGCCACCUACUCAUCCGGCAUUCUACGGUCAUCCAAGCCAGCAUCCCUCGCCGGGUAAGAUACUCUCACCAUUGGCGGCACGCCUACCACAUCCCUAUGUGAGGCCGGACCUAUACCGAGGCUUUUACGGACCAGCUGCAGCGGCAGCUGCACAUUUAAGUGCGCCAACGCAAGAAUUUUUGGAACAUCAGCGCAAUUUCGGUGCUAGUCUAGCUGCCCACAAUGGCUUGAGCAUGAAUCCGUUGCUGUGGAAGGCAGCUGUGUCCGGCGCGGCCAGCGGCCCUCAUUUCGCCCCCCUCAGUUUAACCACGUCCGGCAAUCCAGGACCUCAGCAGGUGGCCCCACCAGCCGGCGCUUCCCCCUCCGCAUCGAGCACCUCCUCCUCCAUUGGCUGUAGCGCUCCAUCUGCGGGCCAGCAUAUGAUUGGGCCCAUCUCCAGCAACUCCACCGCCUCCUCGUCCUCCUCAAACUCUGGUAAGAUCUCGCCGGGCGUGAACGUGACCUCUCUCAGUGACAAGCCAUGACAUCCAUCGCCACCGGCCUCAGCAUCCACGUCCCCUGAGCCAUACGCCCUGCCGCCGGCCCUGGUUAACGUGACAACCCCAUCUCCCAUAUCAGCCUUCCGCUCGCUGAUUGCCUUCCGGGAGCAGCAUCUGCAACAGCAGACGCCGAAACUGACACUGCUGCAGCCGUAACCGAACAGACACUAAGCUGAAUGUGCGGCGACCAGUAAAACGCUGCACUCGGACCCUGGGGCAAGGACAAAGGCACUGAACUUUCGGACAAUAAUUUAAUGUGAUUUUUCGGUAUUUUGAGUAAACGCCGCUUACACCAAAUAGCAAGUACCCGCCCGCUGCCCGCUGCUCGCUACCCUCAGCGCCACUCUGGCGCCCGGCCAGAGAACAAACAACCCGCAGCCACCUCCAAGGACAUUGUGCAAUUUGUGGGAGUGAAAAUCCUGAAACCAAUUGAAAAUACAUUAACGAAAACACACACAUACACACACAACUUAUGCAAUCAGAGCUUAUAGAACGUAAAUUUGUAAGAGUUAGUGAAAAUGACCCCCCAUGAACACAGGACAUGCACACGAGUCACCAAAUACCCACGAGACUUUCGUUCACUAGACGCACAAACCUCCUUUUCCCCACCUUCUUCGCAUAAAGCUCUAAGUCGCUUCACAAUUCCAGUUUGCACUCAGACUCAGAAGAUAAAACCGAGUUGAACUUUUGUAAUUAAUUUUGCGUCGGCAUCUUAGAAGUCGAAGUCGAUGCCAACGUCGUCAACCAAUCUAUUCGCCUGUAUAUAAUUUUAUAUACUAUAUAUAUAAAGUGGCUUAUUCCGGCAUAUUUUGUGAGCCUCUUCUGUAAGUGAGCACAAAACAUAUCAACCAUGACGACCGAAUUCAAAACCCCGCGACCCCGAAUCAGGCAUCUCGUCUGCGAGCCUCACCGCCCCAUCCAAACCAAAUAGGCGCGAGCAAUGAUUGAUUUUAGUUGUUUAGGUUGUUUUUCUCGUUUUAAGUUAACAAUUUGUUCCUGUCGUUUGUAAAUUUAAUUUAUUGCAUUAUGUAUAAUCGCCUCUAUAUGUAUAUGAACAAUGAUGCAAGACCGGCGAUUCAUGUUCAUGUAUUUGGACACAAAUAAUUUCUGUACUUUAUGCACAAACAUUUAUACUUAGGGUUAGUUAUAAGUUCGUCUAGUUGUAGCGCCA